GCUCUUGAACAGCAAGGUUGGAGGCGUUCACGACGACGUGGCGGGAAGUGCCAUGAUGAUGUCGCAGUCCAAGAUGUUCGACUUUGAUGCCCAGCACUUCCACUUGCAGCACACGAUGAAGAAUCUUCACAGCAGCGAUAUGAUGAAGAUGCCAAAACUCAACAUCAACGACCAUCACGACAGCCAGGCAGACGUCGACUCUCGCGACAGUUUUCAUUCACUGCAGCCCCUGUCCCGUUUACAGGCGGUCUUAGUGGCCCUUGCAACCGGAACCUUGCAAGCCUUUCAACACGGAUGCUACCACCCUGAGCAGGGCGGGAACAAACAGCAGAUGACCAAGAUCCAUUCGCACUUGCAAAACCCUUCGGUGACGCUCUACGAUCCCAGCAGAUUGGACGCCACGUUCAUGCGCAAGCUGGGUGGUCGUGCAGAGAAUGCAGCAAACAGAAACAAAAACCUUCAGAACUUCAUCCACGGAAACACUCUGCAACCGCAAGUCCGCGCUACCGACGUGGCUCUGGAUUUCAACGGGCCGUUUGAUAUGGCAAACGUCGACAUGUACGACUUCGGUAAGGCUACGAGGUUUGUCAAGGGUAGCGGCUUCUACCGCUCGUUUGAUGCCUGCGACGACCAAGAG